AUGGACCUGCUCUCAACGCUACGGAAACCAGUUUCCAAGCAGCACAGCCAGGCUGUUUGUAAAACCAGAUACGACCGCUAUGUCAAGGGUCAGCGCAGUCUACAUGAGUGCCAUAAAGUGAUGCGGGUUUGCAAAAAGGACAUGCUUGGCCUUUUUGCAAAACUGCUGGAGCACAAAGAAAUCUCAAGAGAAGAGAAAACGUUGUUCCGGUACUACUGUGAAGCUAUCAUCCUCCUGAAACAUUAUCAAAGACCAGGAUUGGUAGAAGGAUUUACAGUUUCAGAGUGGAUGAAAAGGAAGAGCCAUGAUGGUAAAACGGUCAUUGGUUUUAGCCAGCAUAAGACAGCUAACAUGCAAAUUGCCACAUUUGCCCUGAACACGGAGCAGGCAGCAAUGCUGGAUGCAUACUACCAUUACAUUCGGCCUGAAUAUGUAAAAGAAUCCGAAGAGGAGGAGGACCUUUUUUUCAUCGGUUCACAUGGACGACCCAUCAGCUGUGCCAGCCAGGACCUAUCCCGUCUGCAUGCACACUACAAAUUACCAAAUGUGACCACCCAGGAGAUCCGGAGAGUUGCGGAAACCCUAGCAGGCCAAAUCUGUACAGAGGAGCAGAAGACCAAAGGGGCACACUACUUGGCACACAGCAAUGUAGUAGCAGACGGAAAGUACAGGACGAGGACCCUCGAAGAAGCAGUUUUGGCCAGCAACCUAAUCGGUGGCUUUGAGAAUUCUUCUGAAGAUUCUGGCAGUGAAAGGAGUUCCCGGGCAGAGAAGAGGCAGAGAGAUCAAGAGGAUGACAAAGAAGACCUGUCAAAAUUUCUUAAUUACUUCCCAGUAAAUCUAGAUGGCCAGCCACCUUCAAAAAAGAAAAGAGUUCAGGCUGGUUUCUCUGAGGGCAGAGUCUUCUAUGACAAGUGGAGGGCUCUCCAGUAUGCCAAAAGGGAAGCACAUCUUUUGUCCAAGUACACAAGGAAUCGUCCCACCAUCCAAAGGGUGAGAAAAGACAUCAGCAAGGAUGGAUGGAAGGCCAAUCACCCCUCCCCGGAGGACAUCGUGGCUAAAUGGCAGCCGCCUAAAAGAAAAACAGUGGAGAGUGAUGCAAAGAUUUUGAAAAAUAUUCAAAAACAAAAGUGGUCAAGUCUGACCAUCAAGGACUUUGGUGGUACCAAAGGAGAAGGAGUUGUUGCCACCAAACCGUUUUUGAAAGGUUCCAUCCUCUGUGAUUACCACGGAAGGAUAAUCACAGCAGCAGAAGGGCAGGAGAUUCAAGAAACAAUCGAUGACCAGAAGUGCUACCUCUUUUUUUUCAAAGACUUGUGCAUUGAUGCAAAAACCUUCCCUUGCGAGUGCCACCCAGACAAGGAGACCCUUGGGAGGAAAAUUAAUCAUUCCAAAAAAAAUGCAAAUGUAAAACCCGUUCAUAGCAAGAUGCAGUUCUCUGAUGGUACCAAGGACAUCAUACUUUUUAAGGCCAUCAAAGACAUUUGUAUUGAUGAGGAAAUCAAGUUUAAUUAUGGUGUCAACAGAACGUCGUAUGGGGGAGAAGGACAUGACUUAGAGUGGCUGGAGGACUGA